AUGAACCCCCGACGUAGAAAUUGUAGCUCGUUUUCAUUUUCGCCGUCGCCGCGAGCAUCCUAGACUGAGACGCCGGAGCAGCUCGAACGGAGAAACCCAUGGCGGCCGAGAAAGUCGCCGCCGUCGAGAUCGUCGACGUCGAUCGGUACGACGCGCCGGCGUCGCGGUUCGGCCGGAUCGCCGCCGGGGGCAGCACCAAGUCCGACGCCAUCUCCGUCGAGCAGUACACCGAGGACAGAGACUUAUACGAGGCGAUCGUCGCUUCUCUCCUCCAGAGCAGGCCCCGAGGCCCCAGCGACGGCGAAGGCGACGGCGACGGCGACGGCGAGGACGUGCGGUUCCUGGGCUCGGUCCCCGCCGGCGCUCGGCUGCCGUCCUCGCGGAAGCGGAAGAGGCCCUACAGCGGCGCCUCGGUCGCCGAACCCGGUCAGGCGUCGAAUUCCCAGCCCGAUCGUCCGUUCACCUGCGAAAUUUGCGUCGAGACGAGGACGGGCGGCGACCUGUUUCGUAUCAAGGGCUGCAGCCAUGCGUACUGUAGUGAUUGCGUCGCCAAGUACGUAGCUUCGAAGCUUCACGACAACGUGACCCGCAUAGGCUGCCCUGUCUCGGACUGUGGCGGCGUUCUGGAGCCGGAGCACUGCCGAUCGAUACUCCCUCCAGAACUGUUCGAUCGCUGGGGCAACGCGUUGUGCGAGGCCGUGAUUUCGGAGGGGGAGAAGUUUUACUGCCCGUUUAGGGAUUGCUCGGCGUUGAUGAUCCACGACGGAGACGCGGCGGCGAUGACGUUAUCGGAGUGCUCGAAUUGCUGGAGACUGUUCUGCGUGCAGUGUAAAGUGCCGUGGCAUGCAGGGGUGGAGUGCCAGGAGUUUCAGGGGUUGAAGGAGGGGGAGAGGGAGAGGGAGGACAUCAUGCUGAAGAAGCUGGCGGAGAGUCAGCGUUGGAAGAGGUGCCCCAAGUGCAGUUUCUACGUUCAGAAGGUUGAUGGUUGCGCGUUUGUGAAGUGCAGGUGCAGAGCUGAAUUCUGCUACCGAUGUGGAGCCGAGGCAAAAGUGUCGCAUUAUUGCCAAAACUGUCGGUGUUAAAUUCUCUCGACAUGAUGUACAGACUCUCCUUAGGCUAUUGUAACAAGGCAGCAUAUACAUCCUGUGAUCACUUAAACAUGAAACUGCUCCUGAAGUAUUUAGCUACUAGAUUUCAGUUCCUUUGUUAAGCUGAAUCUCGCACUUUAACUUGUAUAAAUAAGCUUGGAGGCUUCGAUCUUUUAGCCAAAUGCUGAUGCAGAUUUUAGUCA